AUGGUUGAUUUUGGCUCUGUCUUCUCAGCCUCCUCAUCCUGUUCAGACAGCUAUACUGAACUGGGUUUCUACAACGGCACCGUGUUCCAGACCGGUUUGGGCUCCAGCUGUCUGAAAUGGAGCGAGUUUCCUGAGUACAUGCUGCAGUACCCGGAUGCAGGACUUGGGGACCACAACUUCUGCCGGAACCCGGACGGCGAGUCCAGCCCCUGGUGUUUCUUCAGACAGACGUCAGGAGCCAUCAGCUGGUCCUACUGCGACUGCCAGCAGGGAGCAGCCCGGCUGGUCGGGGGCACGGCAGGUAAAGGUGGACGGGUGGAGGUUUACCUGAACGGCCAGUGGGGGUCAGUGUGUGAUUCCCACUUGACAGACCGAGAUGCCAGCGUCAUCUGCCGGCAGCUCCAACUCGGGGAGAUCGGGACGGCAUUGCAGCAAUCCUACUUCGGUCCGGGCUCCGGUCUUUUCCACUAUGAGCGUCUGGGCUGCAGCGGAAAUGAGAACUCGCUCCUCAAAUGCCGAAACAGGAAAUUUGUCACCGGCGACUGUAACCAUGGCAACGAGGCGGGGGUGGUGUGUGUGGCACCUGAGGGCAAUGGUGCCCCCUUGAGGCUGGUGGGAGGCCUGGAGGAGUUUGAGGGCCGUGUGGAGGUGUAUCAUGAUGGCAGAUGGGGAACCAUCUGUGAUGACCAGUGGGACGACGUGGAUGCUGAGGUGGUCUGCAGGCAGCUUGGACUCGGUGGUGUUCCCAAGGCAUGGAAGUGGGCCCACUUCGGCCAGGGCAGUGGUCCCAUCUUUCUGGAUGGAGUUCAGUGUUCAGGGAAUGAACUGUCUCUGGAGGAAUGUUCCCACAAUGACUGGGAACAACAUAACUGCGACCACAUGGAGGAUGCCAGUGUUUCCUGCAACCCGUACACAGAUGGCGUGGUGCGUCUGGUGGGCGGUGGCGGUCCGUGGGAGGGGCGGUUGGAAGUUUAUCAUCAGGGCGAGUGGGGAACAGUGUGUGAUGACAACUGGACAGAGCUCAGUGCCCAGGUGGUGUGUAGACAGCUGGACUUCAGGGGGCGUGCGGCGGUGGCUCCGGACGGGUUCUUUGGGAAGGGUUCGGGGCAGAUACUGCUGGAUGAGGUGCAGUGUCAGGGUGCAGAGCGCUCCCUGCUGGCCUGCAAACACAACGCAUGGGGGCAGCACGACUGCUCCCAUAGCGAAGACGUCGGCCUGAGCUGCCAGAGAGACACCAAUCGAAUCUCCAGCCUGGCCGCCCACACCGGUCCUCUGGUACGUCUGGUGGCGGGCGAGAACAGACAGGAGGGCCGUGUGGAGGUCUUCAUCAGGGGCCAAUGGGGAACCGUGUGUGACGACGGCUGGAACAACAUCAACGCUGCCGUGGUUUGCAGACAGCUGGGCUUCCAUGGGGCAGCCAAAGCUCGAGCCAUGGCCUAUUUCGGCGAGGGAAAGGGGCCGAUCCAUCUGGACAACGUCCACUGCAGGGGAACUGAGUCAUCUCUGGGCGAGUGUCCCGCCGACGGACUCAAUGGGCACGACUGUCGGCACAGCGAAGACGCCGGCGUCAUCUGUGACUACACUGCUGAACCUGCGGGGGAUAGUGGCCCCAAAACACAAAGCUGUGGCCUGAGGCCCAACAACCGGCGCCGCAGAAGAAUCAUCGGGGGAGACACGUCUCUGAGGGGCGACUGGCCAUGGCAGGUCUCUCUGUGGUUGAGGUCUCAGUCUAAAGGUCCUCAUCCUCUGUGUGGGGCCACACUCAUCAACGCCUGCUGGGUCCUCACCGCUGCACACUGCUUCAAGAGGUUUGGCAGGGACCCCAGUCGAUACAUGCUGCGGCUUGGUGACUACCAUACAGUGGAAAUGGACGACUUUGAACGCAGUCUCUCCCCCGAGCGCAUUGUCAUCCACAGGAAGUACCACAGUCAGGGGUGGGAGUAUGACAUCGCCCUGUUACGACUGAAGGGCACUGAGGGCAACUGUGUGGCGUUCAACCCUCACACCAAUGCCAUCUGUCUGCCGGCACUGAGCAAUAAGUGGGGCAAAAGGCCAGCGGCCUGUGUCAUCACUGGGUGGGGGAUCACAGAGUCAUCGUAUUCUCAUACCCUGCAGCAGGCCUGGGUCCCCCUGCUGCCCCCCUGGAAGUGUAAGAAGCGCUACGGCCAGCGUUUCACCGGCCGCAUGCUGUGUGCCGGCAGCUUGUCGAAGCAUCACCGCGUAGACAGUUGCCAGGGUGACAGCGGGGGUCCGCUGGUGUGCCAGGAGGAGGGGGGCCACUGGGUGCUAACGGGGGUCAUCUCCUGGGGUCACGGCUGCGGUGACCCCUCCUUCCCCGGGGUGUACACACGGGUCAGCAGGUUCCUGCGGUGGAUCAACCAUGUCAUUGACAAACCAGACAAGAACUGA